GUCGUCGAUUCGUCAUUUUCACAGUGAUGAGUGGACGCACGAAAAAAGUAGGUGAAAAUUAGUAAACUCUGCCCAUUCCACGAACGUCCGUCGCGCGUUGAUCCGCGGAUAGUCAAGUGUAGGCAGCUAGCUAUAGGCGGAACCACCAAAACCAAAAUUGCGAACCACGAAGAAUCGGCCAGGAUGUCGGGAGAACAGAAACCUACAACCCUCAAAGGCAGCCCGUCGCAGUAUGUAAAGCUGAACGUAGGAGGAUCCCUGCAUUACACCACGAUCGGGACACUCUGCAAGCAGGACACGAUGCUGCGGGCCAUGUUUUCCGGCCGAAUGGAAGUGCUGACCGAUCCGGAAGGCUGGAUCCUGAUCGAUCGCUGUGGGACGCACUUUGGCACAAUUCUCAACUUUCUGCGGGACGGAAGUGUGGCCCUGCCGGAGACGACCAAGGGAAUUGCCGAGCUGCUUGCCGAGUCCAAGUAUUACUGCAUCGAGGAGCUGGUGGAGGCGUGCGAGAAGAUCCUACUCCGAAAGGAGCGUGAAUCCCAGUCGGAACCGAUCUGCCGCGUUCCGCUGAUUACCUCGCAAAAGGAGGAACAGUACUUGAUAACGACGGCCACGAAGCCGGUGGUGAAGCUGCUGAUCAACCGUCACAACAACAAGUACAGCUACACGAACACGAGCGACGACAAUCUUCUCAAGAAUAUCGAACUCUUCGACAAGCUUUCGUUGCGGUUCAGCGGGCGCGUGUUCUUCAUCAAGGACGUCAUCGGUUCCAGCGAGAUCUGCUGCUGGUCGUUCUACGGCAAUGGCAAGAAAGCUGCGGAAGUGUGCUGCACGUCGAUAGUUUACGCUACCGACAAAAAGCACACCAAGGUAGAAUUCCCCGAGGCUCGCAUUUUCGAAGAAACCCUCAAUAUUUUACUUUACGAAAAUAAAAAUGCCCCCGACCAGGAGCUGAUGCAGGCCACUUCUCUGCGUGGCGCCGUCGGGGGCAUUUCCUCCUACACCAGCGAUGAGGAGGAGGAACGGACCGGCCUGGCAAGACUGCGCUCCAACAAGCAGAACAAUCCCACAUGAUUCACAAACCAGCUCGUCCUGCGGAAAAAGUUGUUGCCAAAGAGAAACUGAGCCUCGUCGUCGUCGUCGUCGUCGUCGGUUCGGAGUGUAUGGUUCGUUUGAGAGAGCGCGGGAACAAAAUCAGAAAUGUUUUUUUUUUCUUCUUGGUACAAUUGCAGGGGAAAUGUUAUCUAUGAAAAUCAUUAAACAGAUUGACUGAGUAUCAAUCGUAGCGCGUCAAAAAUAUAUCGUUGUCUGUUCCAAUCUGAGUGACACAACUCUUUCCUAGCAGUGUCACUCCCAUCCCUCAAGUGAGAUUCCUAAAACUCAACUGUAAAUUAAAAAAAGUCCCCUUCUUUUAUGCAUGGAUGCCAACAAAGGUUCCGUGUCCUUUUCAGAAAUAAAAUUUAAUAAUAUCUAAUGGACGAAUUUCAAUAAAAAACAAAAAGUAUGUUGCUGGUGACGAACGAGAGGAGAGUCGCUGUCUGUGUUUGUGUGUAAAACUAAUAAUGGUAACAAUAUAUUAACAAUAAAAAAAAAAUACUAUUUUAGCGUAA